UCUAACUGUACCCUAUCCACUGCUAACAGACAUAACAAGUUUUUUUCUGCCUAGCGCACACGUAUCUAAGCGAUCAUUCGAAUUGUGUUGCCAAAUCACAUGGUGUCACAAUUUAUCGUAAUCCAAAGUGAAUUCAGCACCUGUUCUGAUGAAAUAUCUGAUAACCCGUAAACCAAAAAUCACACCAAGGGUAUGAUUCCCAUCCGAUUUUAACCUUGAUCCGUCCUCAUUCACAAACUCAAAUUCAAGGAUGUUGGUUGUGCUCUUGACUACGGCUUUGUUUGCUGCGGCAUCAGGGGCUACUCUUUACCAGACUCCUUAUGAUGAUCCAUGGGAAAGGGAGUGUCCCCAAGGACAGCUGAUAACCCGCUUGGAGAGCUCACACGACAAUGGCCGUGAGGAUAGGGUGUGGACCAUUACUUGCUCAACCAACGGGCGAAUAAAGACAGGCGACAGGUGGUCGAGAGACUGGACAACCUAUGAUCAACCUCUCCGUCAUGAGUGUGGAAAUAGCGAGGUUCUUGCCGGUAUGAGAGGCCAACACGACAACGGGAAGGAGGACCGCCGCUGGCAGUUCAUGUGCCGACCUAUCUCUGGGCCACUCAUUAACUGCAGAUGGACUGGCUUUUGGAUAAACGACUGGGAUGAUCACAUGGACUACUCUAUCCCUGCCACCUACGUCCUAAAUGGUCUCUACAGCGAGCAUAACAAUGGAAAAGAGGACCGCCGAUGGAAAGUCAGGGUGUGUCAACUCGGCCAGUCGUGAGAGUGUCGCUGGAAGACUGGAAUGCACACUUCGUAUAAGAGUUAUGUUACUGCAUGUCUAUACUGUCCCCGCCGAUUUUAACUUGUGUAAUACUUCGAAGCAGCUCAGAGAAAUACAACUGAAUUUUUCUUUCGAGUA